AUGACUAUUGCUUUCCAAUUAGCUGUUUUUGCAUUAAUUGCGACUUCAUCAGUCUUACUGAUUAGUGUACCCGUUGUAUUUGCUUCUUCUGAUGGUUGGUCAAGUAACAAGAAUGUUGUAUUUUCCGGUACAUCAUUAUGGAUUGGAUUAGUCUUUUUGGUAGCUAUUCUUAAUUCUCUCAUUUCUUAA